AUGUCCACCCACCGCGCCCUCCUCCACAUCCCUGAACUCACCGACUCAAUCCUCAAACACCUUCCGCUCCCCACCGCCAUCUCCGCGCGCGGCAUCCGCCUCGCCCGCAGCAACCUCCGCCUCUACCGCGAAAUCCGCGCGCUGUUCGCUGAGCCUUCCCCCAUCGCCCAAGUCCUAACCCUCGGCCACUCCCUCCUCGACCGCGUCCUCAACCCGCUGCCCUUACGCACCGCGCUGCGCCUCCUCCGCGUCUGUGAGAGCUGGCACGCCGUCAUCAUGGCGCGGCUGGCGCUGGCGUGGGAUGCCGCCGUGGACGACGCGUGGGAGGCGUUUGGAGAGGGGGCGUUGGAGGUGCCGCUUGUGCUGUAG